AUGACGCCCCCUGCUGACGCAAUCAUGGGGGCCCCUGACGAGGAGCCCCCCGUCAGCGUCGCAGUGCUGAACGGGUCCCGCGCGCUUGAGGCGUCGCUUUACCUCGCGUCACAGAACGGGAACAGUCUCAAGCGGGGGUCGCCGUUCAGCAAGCUGCUCCAGCCUUUGGCCCCAAUACAGGGCCCCAUUCUAGUUGGUAACACUCCCCCAGCUGCAAACAUUUCAGGGGCCACCGCAGCUAGGCUCGUUCCAGGCGCGCUGAACCCCCUGAAGCGGCCCCUGUUUGCGGCUGCAAAGAAGACGACGGUUCUGCCCCCCCUAACAGAAAAAGCGGCCGCCAAUCGGUUGCCCACUCCGGAAGGGGGGCUGCCGAAACAACUAGGGGAGGGACAAAAGAAGAUCCGGCUGGCGGAGGAGCUGCAGCCCGUGCGGAAACCGAGGGGAGUGCGGGGCGGGUCAAGAGCGGGGCAGCAAACGCCGGCGGAGGACCGGCCGUGGUUUCUGUUUUUGAAACAACUGCGCGAGCGGCGAACUAGCCUGGAGUUCAUUUACCUGCGGCCCGCCAAGCAGGACGUCACGGUUUACAACCCGUACGACCUCGAAAUUGUGGGCCACUCGGACGUCGACCAGAACGACUUUUACACCAUGAGCAUGGCGGGAGUCACGCGCUUCACGGCCGGGGCCGCAGACUUCACUCCGUUGGAUCAGUGGGAGCGGGAGUACCACUUGUUCAACCUCAUCAGCACGCUCAAGAUCUUCCGGCAGUACAAGAGCUGGAAGAGCUUUGCCACGUGGAAGCGGUUCGUGCGGCAGAAGAAGAUGCACGCGUGUCGCGGGGUGCUGGAGCGCAACCUCUUCUUCCUCAACCCCAUGUUCCAGAAACCGCUGCAGCAGAUCAAAAAGGUGUGCCACGAGGUCUCCGCGCUGCGCAUGCACAAGGUGGAGGACGGCGUGCUGUACACUUUGGAGCUUUUCGUCACCAGCCAGCUCGAGAAGAAGGAGCAGAUCGGGGCGAUCCUGAAAGAGUUUUCGGAGGGCGCUCUCGAGACGGUCUGCAUGGCCUGUCAAUCCGCCCUCGACGCUCUCGACGAGAAGCUCUUCGGCAAGGGAGACGCCGACGCGGCCGCGGCCGCGGGCGAUACCCGCUCGCGCACGGCAACGGCUCGAGCGGGCACCGUUACCGCAGCGCUCAAGACGGGCAAACUGGGCGGCGCGGCCGCGCAGACGAAGCGCCCGGGGCAGGAGGCGGACGGGGAGCGCUUCUCAUACGCUAUCACCGCCGCGCGGCGGUCGGAGCAGCGGAAGCUAUUGAACUUCAUUCGCCUGGCGGACUAUAUGCUAUGCGGCAGCCUGCACGCGCUAUUGAUCGAGAGCAUUCAGGAGAUUCUGGCGAGGAUAAUUAUCGACGAGGCGGAUCGUGUGAGGGGAUCCGAGGAUUCGAGCGUUUCGGAGGGGUCUACAAAUGGGGGGGAGGAAAUGCAGGUGGAUGGUGGGGAAACGGAGGGGGGGGGAGCGGAGAAGACAGGGGCUUUGCCCCUGUUCCGAGUGGAGGUGGUUAUGGAUGAGGAUCAGCUGGUCUUCGAGCCGUCGCAAAUUGCUUUUCAAACGAAGGUGGGUGACGUCCUGCAAGGGUUUCUCCAAACCCUGGAGGGCGUCGAGCGCGUUCUGCACCACAGCCGCCUCGCGCAGUUCGUGGAGCAAGAAGGGCACGACCCCCCCGAAGCGGGGACGCUCACGGAGCUAGUCGGGGACGAACUGCACAGCGAGCUCAUAGAAGAAGUGCGCGAGCGCUUCCUGGAGGCGUUCCGGGGGGCUGAGGCGUUCGCGGCGUGCUUCCUGCCGCUGCUGAAACUGACGAUUGAGGACCGCGCGGUGACGAUCGAGGGGAUGCGCGAGCAGGUCCUUUCCGGCGCGCGCACCUUAGACACGUUCCGUGGCGACCUCGCACGCUUCACCGCGCAGCAGGCGGACAUCACCGCGCUGCCCGAAACGCGCGACGUGGGCAUCUUGCGCAUUUCCAGCGCGCAGCUCAAGACCGCGCUCCUGCCAGGACCGGUGCAGUGCCUGCAGAAGAUCUCGUCACUUCUGCCCCAAUUGGCCGCGCAAAAGUACCAGGAUUUCAUCUCUGACGUGCACGAUGCGACCGCCCGGUUAACGGCUAACCCGGGCACGGUGGAGGAGUUUGUGGAGCACGUCCGGUUCCUCCAGACCAUGCUCGCGCGCCGCGACGAGUUCGAAGACCGCUACGCGGAAGUCGUCCGGCACUACACACUGAUGGAGGAGGAAAACAUAACCGUCCCCGAAAUGGAUCACGCGGCAUACCAAACCCUAAACCCCGACUUCCUCGCGUUCAAAAACGCGAUCGACGUCGCGGAAGCUGGAAAAGACGACCAAGUGAAGGGCUUCAGCAGCGACCUGGAGGCGCAGAGCCAGGGCGUGCAAGUCGCCGUGACGGACAUCCGGCAGCAGGCGCAGAGCGAGAUUCUGCUGGAUGAGAAUGCGGACCAGGAGACCGUCUUGGGUUUGGUGGGCAAGCUGGUGGAAGACGUGGGCGUUCAGCUGGAGAAGGCCAAGAACAUCAAGAAAUACCAGCAGCUCUUCCAGGUCCCCGAGUCCGAAUUCGACGACAUCCGAGUGGCGGCAGAAGAAGUGGAGCUGAAGCGCUUACUGUGGGAAGGCGGCCGUGACUGGGCGGAUCUGACGGAUGGAUGGGCGGCCACGUCAUUCCAGAGCAUCGACGUGGCAGGCCUGGAGGAGAUGGUGCAGAAAUACGUGAAGCAGGUCAUGAAGCUGGAGCGCGGGCUGCCGCCCAAUAAGCUUGUUCCCGAGCUAAAGCGCCGCGUGGAGGAGUACAAGCUGAUUCUCCCGGUCAUCAGCAACCUGCGGAACAAGGCCCUCAAGGACCGGCACUGGGAGCGGAUCGAGGCGGAACUGGGGCAGCCCAUCGACGUCGAAGGGGAGCUCACGCUGGGCGCGCUGCUCGACAUGCACGUGACGUCACACAAGGACGUCAUCGCCACGGUGUCGACAGAGGCCACUCAGGAGCAAGCCUUGGAGGAGCUGCUGAAGAAGGUGCAAGGAAAGUGGGCGGACGUCGAGUUCGCGGUGAAGCCGUACAAGGACAGCAAGGACGUGUUUAUCCUGGGGGGGGUGGAGGACGUCACCGCCGCGCUGGAAGAUUCCAUGGUCACCAUGGGCGUCAUCACCGCGUCACGCUACGUCGCCGGCAUCAGAACUGAGGUGGAGAAGCUGGAGAAGGCGCUGCGGCUGUUCCAAAAGGUGGAGAAGCUGGAGAAGGCUCUACGGCUGUUCCAGGAGGUGCUGGACGCGUGGCUGGAGUGCCAGAAGAACUGGAUGUACCUCGAGUCUAUCUUCAGCGCGCCCGACAUCCAGCGCCAGCUGCCCAACGAGGCCAAGGCCUUUGCCUCCGUCGACAAGCAAUUCAAGGAGAUCAUGCGGCGGACACGGGACCGCUCCAACGCGCUACAGGCAGGGACGACGCCGGGGUGGCUAGAGAUCUUCACCAAGAGCAAUGAGAGCCUCGAGAAGAUCCAAAAGAACCUGGAGGACUAUCUGGAGACCAAGCGCAUGGCGUUUCCCCGCUUCUACUUCCUCUCCAACGACGAGCUUCUCGAGAUCCUCGCGCAGACGCGCAACGUGCAAGCCGUUCAGCCGCACAUGUCCAAGUGCUUCGACGGAAUCCGCUCGCUCGACUUCGGCGAUGACCCAAAAUCCAUCGACAUCUUCGCCAUGGUUAGCUCCGAAAACGAGCGGGUUAACCUGGGCAAGAACCUGAAGGCGCGCGGCAACGUGGAGCAGUGGCUGACCGCCGUCGAGCAGAACAUGGUGCAGUCGCUGCGCAAGUUAGCGAAAUCGGGUUACCUUGACUACCCCAAAAAGGAGCGCAAGCAGUGGGUCCUCCAGCAGGCCGCGCAGUUGGUGCUCAUGGUUAGCCAGAUCUACUGGUGCCGCGACGUCGAGGCGUGCCUCGCGGCCGGCGCGGGCGACGACGCGGCCGCGGCCGCGUCGGGCGUCGCGGCCGCGCUGGGCGCGUUCCGCGCGCAGUGCGUGCGGCAGCUGGAGCAGCUGUCGGAGCUGGUGCGCGGGAAGCUCGCGUCGCUGGAGCGCAAGAUCCUGGCGGCGCUCAUCACCAUCGACGUGCACGCGCGCGACAUCGUCGAGAACAUGCUGACGGAGAAGAUCUUCUCGGCGAACGACUUUGGGUGGCAGAUGCAGCUGCGGUACUACUGGGACGACUCGGUGGACGACUGCAUCGUGAAGCAGACCAACGCGCGCUUCAUCUACGGCUACGAGUACCUCGGGGCGCAGUCCCGCCUCGUCAUCACGCCGCUGACCGACAGGUGCUACAUGACCCUGACGGGAGCGCUUCACCUGAAGCUCGGCGGAGCACCGGCCGGACCAGCGGGGACCGGAAAGACGGAGACGACGAAGGACCUGGGCAAGUGCUUGGGCAUCCAGUGCGUUGUUUUCAACUGCGGCGACAACCUGGACUACAAGUUCAUGGGCAAGUUCUUCGCGGGGCUCGCGCAGUGCGGCGCCUGGGCGUGCUUCGACGAGUUCAACAGAAUCGAUAUCGAGGUGCUCAGCGUGGUGGCUCAACAGCUGCUGACGAUUCAGAACGCGCUCAAGGCCGGGCAGUCCAAGUUCAACUUCGAGGGUCGGGAGAUCCGCCUGGUACAAACUUGCGGCGUAUUCAUUACCAUGAAUCCGGGCUAUGCUGGGCGAACGGAGCUCCCCGACAAUCUCAAGGUGCUCUUCCGGCCGGUCAGCAUGAUGAUCCCCGACUAUGCACUGGUCGCCGAGGUGAUGCUGUUCAGCGAGGGCUUCGCCAACGCCAAGACGCUGAGCCGCAAGAUGGUGAAGCUGUACAAGCUGUCCAGCGAGCAGCUCAGCCAGCAGGACCACUACGACUUUGGCAUGCGCGCGGUCAAGUCGGUGCUGGUCAUGGCCGGCAGCCUGAAGCGCUCGAACCCCGAUCUCGACGAGGAUGCCGUUCUCAUCCGCGCGUUCAAGGACAGCAACCUGCCCAAAUUCCUCGCGCAAGACGUCGAGCUUUUCCUCGCGCUACUUUCCGACUUAUUCCCCGGGGUGACGAUCCCCGCGCAAGACUACGGGGAGUUACAGAGCGCGAUCGAGGCCUGCAUCGAAGAAGCGGGUUUGCAGCGGGUUAGCAACUUCGUGACCAAGGUUAUCCAGCUGUACGAGACGAUGAACGUGCGGUUUGGGGUUAUGGCGGUCGGGCCGACCGGCGGGGGGAAGACCACGUGUUACCGGAUGCUCCAGGCGGCGAUGACGCGGUUAAGGGCCGCGGGUCACGCUAACCCGAACUUCCAAACCACGCAAGUGUACGUGCUUAACCCGAAAUGCAUAAAGAUGGGCGAGCUUUACGGAGAGUAUAAUCUGUUAACGAACGAGUGGAGGGACGGGUUAGCGAGUACGAUUAUCAGGCAGUGCGUGGCGGAUACGACGCAGGAUCGGAAGUGGGUCGUGUUCGAUGGGCCGGUGGAUGCCAUCUGGAUUGAGAACAUGAAUACGGUUCUGGACGACAACUGCGUGCUGUGCCUGCCCAACGGCGAGCGCAUCAAGCUCAACCCGACCACGAUGCGCAUGCUCUUCGAGGUCCAAGACCUGGCCGUCGCCUCUCCGGCGACCGUUUCCCGCUGCGGAAUGGUGUACGUUCCGCCGGAAGAACUAGGCUGGCGGCCGUACGUCAAGUCGUGGCUGCAGCGGCUGAGCAAGGAGCUCUCCACGGAAGACAAGAAGGUGACCGUACACGUGGCGACGAUCGAGCACGUGUGGGGGUUGUUCGAGGAACACGUGGAUAAAGGGCUGGGGUUCGUGCGGCAGAAGUGCGCGGAGAGCAUCCCGAGUGUCGACAUCAAUCUGGUGACGUCACUCUGCUCCUACUUCCAGGCCCUCUGCGCGCCCGCGCGCGGCGUCGAGUUCGCGGCCGCGGGCGAGCCGCUCCACGCGCUGAUCAACAAGCUGUUCUGCUUCGCCUACAUCUGGUCGCUCGGGGGAAACAUCGCCUCGCAGUACCAAGACGCAUUCGACGCCUUUUGCCGGGAGCAGCUUGGCCCCGUGACCGCUUUUCCGGGCGCCGGAACGGUGUACGACUAUUUUGUGGAGCCUAAGGAGGGGGCGAUGGUGGCGUGGGACGAGGUGGUGGCCCCCUUCGUGUACCGCCCCGAGCUGCCCUUCUUCGCGCUGACGGUACCCACCGUCGAUACCACCCGGUACUCUUUCCUCAUGGACAUCGGCCUGGAAGUCCAGCGCUCGGUUCUCUUCACCGGGGUGUCGGGCGUCGGCAAGAGCGCAAUCAUUACCGACCUGCUGAACCGCACCCAGGGCCCCAAGAACCUGGUACCGGUAACGGUUAACUUCAGCGCGCAGACAACUAGUCUGGCGACGCAGGAGCUGAUCGAGAGCAAGCUGGAGAAGAAGCGGAAGACGCGGUUCGGCGCGCCCCCCGGGAAGAAGAUCGUGCUUUUUGUGGACGAUGUGAAUAUGCCCGUGAGGGAGAAGUACGGCGCGCAGCCGCCCGUCGAGCUGCUGCGGCAGUUCCAGGACUUCCGCGGGUUCUACGACCGGCAGAAGCUCUUCUGGAAGGACGUGGACGACAUGACCAUUGUUUGCGCGUGCGCGCCCCCCGGCGGCGGCCGCAAUGACGUCACCCCGCGCUUCCUACGUCACUUCAGCAUGCUCUGCGUGCCGCAGCCGAGCGACGUCGCGCUGCGCACGAUCUUCGGCGGGAUCCUCGGCGGGUUUCUCGGCGCGUUCAACGCGGAGUGCAAGGGUUUGGCGAAACCCAUCGUCGAGUCGAGCGUGGAAGUCUACGCGCGCAUAUCGCGCGAGCUCCUCCCGACGCCCGCCAAGAGCCACUACACGUUCAACCUGCGCGACGUGUCCAAGGUUUUCCAGGGGAUUCUCAUGGUUACGCCGCGCGACGUGCCUAACCGCAAAGUGCUAACCAGCCUGUGGGUGCACGAGAGCAUGCGGGUGUUCCACGACCGGCUGAUCGAUUCCGCUGACAAGCGCUACUUCACCGGAAUGCUGCACGAGAUCUUGAAGCGGAACUUUGACGAGGCGCGCGCGCACGACGAGGUCUUCGCCGGGGCGCAGCCGGUCAUGUUCGGCGACUACCUCAGACCUGGAGCGACUGGGGAGGACCGCCACUACGAGCAGGUGACGGACAUCGAGAAGCUUUCCGUUCUGCUGGAGGACUACCUGGCGGACUUCAACGCGGGCGGGCACAACGGAAUGAAGCUCGUCUUCUUCCGCGACGCGAUCGACCACAUCAGCCGAAUGGCGCGCAUUCUCCGGCAGCCACGUGGCAACGCGAUGCUCGUCGGCGUGGGCGGUUCCGGCAAACAGAGCCUAACCCGAUUCGCGUGCUUCAUGGCCGACUACCAGUGCUUCCAGAUCGAGCUAACCCGGGGUUACGGCAACAACGAGUUCCGGGAAGACCUGAAGAAGCUGUACCGGUUAGCGGGGGUUACGGGCAAACCAGUUGCCUUUUUGUUUACCGACACCCAGAUCGUUAACGAGGGUUUCCUGGAGGACAUCAAUAACCUGCUCAACUCGGGGGAAGUCCCGGGGCUGUUUGCGUCGGACGAGAAGGAGCGGAUCAUCGGCGACAUCCGCGAGUGGUGCCAGCAGAACAACGUCGCCGAGACGCGGGACUCGAUGUACCAGGCGUUUAUCGCCCGGGUUAGAGAAAACCUGCACGUGGUUCUGUGCAUGAGUCCGGUGGGGGAUGCGUUCCGAGCCCGUUGCCGGCAGUUCCCGUCACUCAUCAACUGCUGUACGAUAGACUGGUACACUCAGUGGCCGGAGGAAGCGUUGCUGUCGGUUAGUACCCGGUUCCUGCAGAACCAGGACCUGGGUUCCGCUGACGUCAGGGACAGCGUGGCGCGGAUGUGCGUGGAGAUCCACACGAGCGUUACGGAAAUGAGCGACCGGUUCUACCAGGAGCUGCGGCGCAAAUUUUACACGACGCCCAAAAGCUAUCUGGACCUCAUCAAUUUAUACACGCAGCUGCUGGGCGAGAAGCGGCUCGAGAUGAAUAACGCGCGCGACCGGUUAGUGAACGGGUUAAACAAACUGCGGGAGACGAACGAGAUCGUGGGGACGAUGAAGAAGGAGCUCGACGCGCUCGCGCCCAUUCUGGCGGAGAAGACGGAGACGACCAAGGAGUUACUGAAGCAGGUUACGGCUGACCAGGCCGCCGCGCAGCAGGUUAAGGACGUGGUUAGCAAGGAGGAGGCGGAGGUUAAGGAGCAGACCGCGCGCACGCAGGCGAUCAAGGACGACGCGCAGAAGGACCUGGACGAGGCGCUGCCCGCAUUGAAUUCGGCGGUUGAGGCAUUAAAUGCGCUCAACAAGAAUGACAUCACCGAGAUCAAGUCGUUCACCAAGCCGCCGCCGCUGGUGCAGCUGACGAUGGAGGGCGUCUGCGUCCUGCUCCAGGAGAAGACGGACUGGGACACAGCGAAGAAGGUGAUGUCGGAGUCGGGCUUCGUGAAGCGGCUGGUGGAGUUCAACAAGGACGCCAUGUCGGCGGGAGUGCUCAAGAAGCUGUCCAAGUACAUCGACGACCCGUCCUUCACGCCCGACGCCGUCGCCAAGCAGAGUGCCGCGGCCAAGAGCCUGUGCAUGUGGGUGCGCGCGAUGGACGUGUACGCGCGCGUCGCGCGCGUAGUGGAGCCCAAGAAGGCGGUGCUGCGCGGCGCGGAGGAGGCGCUCGGGCGCGCGGCCGAGGCGCUCGCGGCCAAACAGGCGCAGCUCGCGGAGGUGGAGGCACAGGUGGCGACCCUGCGGCAGAAGCUGGCGGACGCGGAGGCCGAGCAGGCCAGCCUCGCGCAGCAGGCCGCGCAGACGACCGCGCGCCUCGCGCGCGCGGGCCAGCUGACGGAGGCGCUCGGCGACGAGCAGGUCCGCUGGGCGGACACCGCGGCCGCGAUCGGCGCGCGCACCGCGCUCCUCGUCGGCGACGUGUUCCUCGCGGCCGCGUGCAUCUCGUACUACGGCGCGUUCACCGGUCCGUACCGGGAGGAGCUGGUCGCGAAGUGGAUCGACCGGUGCAAGGAGGUUGGGAUCCCGGUUAGCGAUAACGCGAGUUUGAGGGGCACGUUAUCGAACCCGGUGGAGGUGCGCGAGUGGAACAUUUGGGGGCUGCCGACGGACGGGGUGUCGGUGGACAACGGCGUGCUGGUGACACGUGGCAGGCGGUGGCCGCUCAUGAUCGACCCGCAGGCGCAGGCCAACCGGUGGAUCAAAGCAAUGGAGGCCAAGAACGGGCUGCGCGUGGUCAAGCUGACGGACCCCAACUUUUUGCGGACGCUCGAGAACAGCAUCCGGACCGGGAGCCCCGUUCUCCUAGAAGAUAUCGGGGAGAGCCUGGACCCGGCGUUAGAACCGGUGCUCCAGAAACAGGUGUUCGAGAAGCAGGGACGGCUUCUUAUCAGGCUGGGCGACUCCGACGUAGACUACGAUCCCAACUUCCGGUUCUACAUGACGACCAAGAUGCCUAACCCGCACUACAUGCCGGACGUCUGCAUCAAGGUCACCAUCGUUAACUUCACGGUUACCGCCAAGGGUUUGGAAGACCAGCUUCUGGGCGACGUGGUGCGAAAGGAGCGGUCCGAUCUGGAGGAGCAGAAAGAUCGACUCCUCGUCAGCAUCAGUAACGAUAAGAAGCAGUUGCAAGACUUGGAGGAUAAGGUAUUGAAGCUGCUGAAAGAGAGCGAGGGGAAUAUAUUGGACGACGAGGUGCUGAUUAACACCCUGAAGACGAGCAAGUUAACCAGCGGGGUUAUCCAGGGGCGGGUCAAGGAGGCCGAGGUGACGGAGAAGGAGAUCAACGCCGCGCGCGAGCAGUACCGCCCCGUGGCGACACGUGGCAGCAUCCUGUACUUCGUGGUCGCGGACCUGGCGCUCAUCGACUCGAUGUACCAGUACAGCCUGACGUACUUCACGCAGCUGUUCAACUACUGCAUUGACGUCAGCGAAAAGUCGGACGACCUGCCGACCCGGUUAGGCACGCUAACCCGGUACAUAACCGAGUUCAUGUACAAGAACGUGAGCCGGGGCCUGUUCGAGGAGCACAAGAUGAUCUUCAGCUUCCUCAUCUGCACGUCCAUCCUGCGGAAUUCCGGCGAGAUCGGCGCGGCGGAAUGGAACUUCCUGCUGCGCGGCUCCGCCGGAAUGAUCCUUGCGGACAAGGGCGCGGCCAACCCGGCGCCGGAGUGGAUCGGGCCGCACGUGUGGAACAACGUCAGGGCGCUGUCGCAGGCUGUCCCCGUAUUCGAGCCGCUGUGCCAGGACAUCGCCGCGCAGCUCCCCGAGUGGCGCGCCUUCGCGGCCGCGCCGGAACCUCACGCCGCGCCGCUCCCCGCGGCCGCGGCCGCGCGCGGCGUCGACGCGUUCCAAAAACUUCUCCUAGUGCGCGUCUUCCGGGAGGAGAAGCUCGUGUUUGCGUUCCGCGAUUUUGUGCGCGACAAACUGGGCGCGCAGUUUGUGGAGAGCGCGCCGCUGGACCUGGAGACGGUGUUCAAGGACACGUCAGCACCGACGCCGAUCAUUUUCAUACUGUCGUCGGGGGCGGACCCGACGGGGAUGCUCCAACGGUUCGGAGAGAAGGUCGACCGCCGCGUGGGCGAGCGGCUUCACAUCAUCUCGCUGGGCCAGGGCCAGGGCCCCGUGGCGAAAGCGCUGAUCACCAAGGCCAUGAAAUCCGGCGACUGGGUGUGCCUCCAGAACUGCCACCUGGCAAGCUCCUGGAUGCUGACGUUGGCCGGGAUCGUGGAACGCUUCCAGCAGGACAGCGCGGAGAUGCACCCCGACUUCCGGUUAUGGCUGACCAGCAUGCCGUCGCCGCACUUCCCGGUGCCGGUCCUGCAGAACGGCAUCAAGAUCACGAACGAGCCGCCCAAGGGCGUGCGCGCGAACCUGCUGCGCAGCUACGCAACUCUGGGCGACGCGUACCUGGACGAGUGCUCCAAGCGCGCCGCGUGGAAGAAGCUCAUCUUCAGCGUCGCCUUCUUCCACGCCGUCAUCCAGGAGCGGCGCAAGUUCGGGCCGCUCGGCUGGAACGUCAGGUACGACUUCAACAACAGCGACUUGGAGUGCGCACUGCAAACCCUCAAGAACUUCCUGGAGGAGCAGCCGGAGAUCCCCUGGCCGGCGCUUUUGUACGUAACGGGCGAGAUCACUUACGGGGGGCGCGUUACCGACGACCAGGACCGGCGGUGCCUCAUGUGCAUCCUCCAGCAGUACUACACGCCCAAGGUACUCGACGACGCCUACACUUUCACGCGGGACGGUACGUACCGCGUCCCGCCGGAGACCGACCAGAACGGCUACAUGGAGUUUAUCAAGCGGUUACCGCUAACCGAGGGGCCGGCAGUCUUCGGGAUGCACGAAAAUGCCAACAUCACGUUCCAGCUGCAAGAGACGGGCAAGAUCGUGGAGACGGUGCUCAACAUGCAGCCGCGGCUGGUCAGCGGAACCGGAACCGGAAAGUCGCCGGACGAGGUCGUCAGCGACCUCGCGCUGGAGAUCGCCGAGGGGCUCCCCGCCCCGUUGAGCAAAGCCGAGGCCGGGCCCGGUACGUUUGCCCCGGGUCCCGGAGGCCGACUCAACUCCCUCGCCGUGGUUCUCCUCCAAGAGAGCGAGCGGUUCAACAAACUGCUGCGGGUUAUGGUUAACUCGCUCGCGGAGCUGCAGCGCGCGAUCAAGGGUCUCGUGGUGAUGUCAGCGGAACUAGAGGCGAUGUACCGGAGUUUCUUGAACAACCAGGUGCCCGCGGUCUGGACUUCGGCCGCGUACCCGUCGCUUAAACCCCUGGCCAGCUGGGUCAAGGACUUCCAGCAGCGGAUGGCGUUCAUGCGCGAGUGGAUGAUCAACGGCGAGCCACAGUGCUUCUGGCUGCCCGGAUUCUUCUUCCCGCAAGGAUUCAUGACCGGCGCGCUGCAAAACCACGCGCGCAAGUACCAGAUCCCCAUCGACACGCUCAACUUCGGCUUCAAGGUGAUGCCCUUCGAAGACGCGGAAGCCGUUCCGGCUCCGCCCGACGACGGGCUGUACGUCAGCGGACUGUACAUUGACGGAGCCAGGUGGGACCGAGAGAAGCAGUGCCUGGUAGAGUCUCUACCGGGCGAGAUGCAGUCUAAGUUGCCAGUCGUGCACCUCAUCCCGACCGUUAACUACAAGCCCCCCGAGGAGGAGUACCAGUGCCCGCUGUACAAGACGAGCGUGCGGGCGGGAGUGCUGACCACAACAGGGGCGUCGUCAAACUAUAUAUUUAAUGUUAGUCUGAGGAUAGACCGGGAGACGACCCCCGAGUUCUGGGUGCGCCAGGGGGUGGCGCUGCUGACCCAAACGAACCUGUAAAGUGAGCACGAGUCAGGAUAUAGAAGGACUGAUAAAGUCAGCCAAUAAGCUGCCAAUAGUUGCCAUUGUAGAGUUACAAAUCUGUGUUCUUGUUGGGUAGGUGUCGGAGCCGCUAGAUUUCAAGUUCGAGCG